AUGUCCUAUCUCGUUGGCUACUCCCUCCUCGCCUUAUGGGUGAGCUUGACAAACGCAGACGAAGUAACUCGAAGACUAUGCAUGUGGACGCAACCAAGAGUUGGCGUCGUUCGAGAUGUUGUCUAUCUUGACGGAGGUUGGCAACAAUACUGCAUGUGGGAUGGCUCUGCUUGGGUUAGAGAUACCCAGAUUAAUGGACCUGAUCAUAUCCAAGGGCUCUUAUAUACGAUGGCCUUCAACCGCACUUUCAAAGCUGAUGCCAACUUUACGGAUCUCUUCGAGGAUUUACACGCCACGGGAGGUGUGAACGACAAUCCGCCUUUUAUGAGCGGGUAUUUGUUUGCUGACGAUUAUGAGUUCUACACCUAUGGCGGCCUAUCCCUCCUUGGAACUGAUGCCGAUUUGCUCAAUGGUCAACUCUUCGAACCUGAACGCGACUCACCCAAGUACAAUCCUGGCAUCAAUUUCGCAGUCAGCUACGAUAGCCACUACGAGCCCAACCUUCCAGAACCCAUUACCACAAAUGUCACUCACGGGGCCGGGGUCAGUGUGACAGAUCUACAUAUGGGCUUCUACUUCUCAGGUCUACAAACACCCCAAGGCGAUGGGCUGGUUGCCUUUGGGACCAAUAGGGCUGAGGUGGCGUAUAAUCAACUGCUAAAAGUUGAAAUGACCCCAACGCAUCUUGCCAAGUGGCAUGAACUCCCUCUUCCAGACACUGUAGCUGGUCGCGGUGGCGCAGGCCUGGCAUGGGUACCGGUAUCGGAUCAGGGACUGUUGGUCGCCAUUGGUGGUGUCGAGUAUCCCAUGGAUGCAUACGGUCCUGGAUAUUUUAACACGACGAUGAUUCUGCAGAACAACGCUACUGGCCCUGGCUUCAUGGAAACCGUCUCAGUGUACGACGUCAAUAAUGAUUCUUGGUUCAGUCAGCCCACCACUGGCAAUAUCCCUCCUCAGCUGACAGGAUUCUGUACGGUGGUCACCCACGAGGCGGAGCCCACUUCGUAUCAGAUCUACCUCUAUGGCGGAUACAACGGCGUCGAUUUGUAUGGAGACAUCAACCCGGAUCUGUAUAUCUUGUCGGUACCUUCUUUCCAUUGGACGAAAGCAACGCCACCCAGGCCAGAUCCGCUGGGAGGCCGUUGGGGCCAUGUCUGCGUAACCCCAUAUCCGGAUCAAAUGUUUGUCAUAGGUGGACAAGGGAGCUUUAAUACUCCGAAACUGUCCGAAGGUAAAAUCGUUGAGUUUCUGAAUAUGAGCAGCCUAACAUGGCAUGACGAGUAUAAUCCCAGAACGUGGUCGAAUUAUACAAUUCCUCAGGCGGUUAGGGAUGUUUCAGACCCUGCUCGUACUGCAGAUGACAUGGAUGCCGCUUUGGCAGAACUGUUCACAACGAGGUACACUUUCGAUUCUUCACCUUGGUAUCCAUAUCCGCCAGCCUCGAGUGGCGGCAAGAAAAUCCCACUGGCAGCCAUAUUGGGUGGCACGUUUGGCGGUGUCGCCCUGAUAUCAGCAUUAUGUGCUUUGUGGCUGUGUCGACGCAGACGUCAAAGGAGACGAAAUCGAGAAUCGGAGAUUUCCAACAUGACAUCCACGACCAUGGUAGACUCAAACCAUCUGGUUAACGAAUGGGUUCAUGGUCAGCACAAGCAAUCAGUAUCUACAAUUGCCAUGAAGGCUGACGGCAGUGACACCCAAGGAUCAGAUGUGGUCGAAAUUGGAGGUCGAGCUGUACGGCUUGUGGGCAGCCACACUAACUCGCCUUCCCUAAUGCUUCCGUGGAGGAUACCAUGGGCAACUGCCGAAGUCAGUGGCGAGUCACGACAGGUGGAAGAACUACCCGACACUUCGACUGGACCACACGGGAAGUUUGACAGGGGGAUCGAUGACCCUGAUCGACGCCCUGGUGGCACCUCGCUUGGUCCUGUGGUCAGCAGUGAUGGUGCAAGUACGCCCAACAUGACAGAAGGCGAGGGCACACUGACCACUCAGGGCCACUCAACGCAAUCUGACAGGAUCCUUUCAACACUGGGAGGAGAUAAAAUAGCCAACGAGCUAGAAGAGUCUGGGUCAACAGCAAUGCGGAGCAGUGAUUCAACAACAUACAACAUUGCAUCGCCACGACACGAUUCUAGCGUCAGUAGUAGCCUCGCUUUGUCACCAUUAGACACCAUGACAUCGUUUUACGCGCAGCAAGUCGAAGGAGGCGGGGUUGCGAGACAAUAUGGCGAUGCCGCCGAUGGGAGCGGAUCAAUUGCCACAGUCAACUACUCACGACCUGUGCACCGGCGCCACGCCAGUAGCAUGAGCAGUGGUGUGCAGAUUAUUGAACAGCAUACAGCGACGGUAGCGUCCUCAGACCCCUCCAUUCCUUCAUCGAAUCCAGCAUCACCACGUUCCUCGAUUCCUAGGAAACCGGUUCAAGGGACAGUAUCGACAUCGAUCUUGGAUCAAACGCAAAAUUCAAUGCCGAGACGAACAUGAUACGAUAGGCGCAGUUGGCGAGGAAACGACAUAGGAGGGAUGCCAACGAUUGUGUGAAAAGAUUUCAUACCCGGACUUGGCCGCACGGGUUUAACGGAUGAAAUAAAGCGCCAUGUCACAAUGCAGUAUAUCUGGGAUCAUCAUUUUAGCAUUUCGGAUGCUCUCGUUGGAGU